CCGUGUUUGUAAACAGACAUAGAUAAGCAUAGUUGGUUAGUCCAGAUAUCACCGACAAUGUCCGACGAAGGAGCACACGUGCUUUUGGGCCUCUCGGCGGUCUCCCUCGCGCGAUGGCUAGCCUCUGUAUGGACCAGUCGUAUCAGGAGGGAGAGCUUUGUGAAAGUGGGGAAAGUUUCAGAGUUAAAUAUAUUCCCCGUGAAGUCGUGCCAGGGAAUUCCUUUACAGAAGGCCAGGGCAGAAAUCACAGGUCUGGUAUCGGAGGGAAUGUAUGACAGGCAAUGGAUGUUGGCAAGACCAAACGGGGACUUUCUGAGCCAGCGCCAUUAUUCAAAGAUGGCCUUAAUUCGAGUAUCCAGCCACAGGGAUUACAUCCACCUGGAUGCCCCGGGACAACCCACCCUGGUAUUAAAGAAGAAUCCUCCAGUGGAUAAAUCAAGAUUGAUUAUGACAAGAGUAUGGGGUCUUCGUGUUCUCGGAAUGGAUUGUGGAGACGAGGCUGCCCGCUGGUUCCAGAAAUAUCUCCAGGCAGAAGAGGGUGUUCGAUUGGUUGUGUCUUCCGAAUCUAUGCCAAAGAAAGAUUCAUCAAAGGAAAUAAAACCAUGGGGAAAUCCUGCACAGCCUGGCGAUAUGGCAUUGUUUUCUGAUUUUGGUGGAUUCUUGGUGAUGAAUGAAGCAUCGUUAGACGCGUUAAAUGAACGUCUAGAGAAAAAGGUCACCUUUAGAACUUUUCGACCCAACAUCGUCGUAUCUGGAUGUGAAGCUUUUGCUGAGGAUUGUUGGGAAGAGCUUAGAAUCGGGGACACGAAUCCACUCUCCUUAAGAAUACUGGAUCCCUGCACCAGGUGUGUUCUAACGACGGUGAACCCAGACACGGGAGAGAGGAAUAAAGACAGACAACCCCUGGAGACCCUCAAACAAUUCCGUUGUUUUCCCGUUUACGGUAACGACCCGAUAUUUGGAGUGAACGCCGCAUUAGACAACAUAGGGAGCAUACAGGUCGGAGAUUCCGUGUACGCCCUUCGAAAAUGAGACCAAGAAGUCCGUGUACGCCCUGAAAAAUAAGAACCGGAAGUUUGCAAGAAAUUUGCCAUUGAGAUAGGUUCAACCACUUCUAUGAUGUGCAAAACUGUACAAAACAGCAAAAGCAAAACUAAAUAAGCGUAAAACAAAAAUAUGAACAAAUAUAAAAGUACAUGUAUAGCUGAGAGUAAGCAAUCUCUUGUGAACUCGUUCUAAUAUAAAUGGACAUAUUAUAUACAAUGUAUGUAUUCAGAUAGUU